ACAAAAUAAUACUCAGUAAAUUUGUGAAAUUAUUUUUAAAAUUUGUGAUAUAUAUUUUACAAAAACAUAUAAAGGCCGCUGGUAUAUUAUUGCAAGUGCAAAUUUAUCGUAAAUUGGUGAUUAUUUAACCGACCCUAUGCCUAACAAUAAUUUAUCUGAAACACAAUGCAGUCGAACAGCAAGUAUUAAUAUAAUACCAGAAUUUAUAUUAAGAAUUGUUGUAUGUGAUUCUUAUUUAACAAAGCCAAUUCCUGGAUUGGAUGUGAUUUAUUCUGAGUUCAGAGGAAGUGACAUAAAGCAGGUCCCAGUUUUAAGAAUAUUCGGUUCAACACCAAAUGGCAAAAAGGGCUGCUUACAUGUUCAUGGAGUUUUUCCAUAUUUUUACAUACCCUGUCCCAUAUCAAACCCUAAACCACAGUUUUUAUAUCAAGUUGCAACAAGUUUGGAUAAGGCAUUAAACAUAGCUCUGAAACAAGCAACUUCUAAUAAUCAGCAUGUUUAUAAAAUUACAUUAGUGAAGGGAUUACCUUUCUAUGGAUUUCAUGAUAAAGAACAUUUAUUCUUAAAAAUAUUUCUCUAUAAUCCAGGCCUAAUGAAACAGGCUGUUGAAUUAUGCAGUAAUGGCGCAAUCCUGGGGCAAGUCUUACAACCGCAUGAGUCACAUCUCAAUUUCACGUUACAAUUUUUUAUUGAUUUCAAUCUUUUUGGUAUGAGUAAUAUAGAAUUGCAAAGCGUGAAGUUCCGCACGCCAAUAAAUGAUCUAAUAUGCAGUAGUGAGGAUCCUAAUGAAACAUUAAAUACAUUUAAUGUUAAAAGGGAAAGUACAUGUUACUAUGAAGCUGAUUGUGUUGCAUCUCAUAUUCUCAAUAGACUACUUAUUGGCAAAGGUGAUGGAAUAGAAAAUCCUGGUCUAGAAGAAGUUUGGAAUCAAGAAAUGGAGAGGCGAAAACAGUUAAAUAUGUCGAUAGCAAGCAAUUCAUUAACACAAGAAAGGUUAUUGAAUGAAGGAACAGACUCACAUCAAAAAUUUAAAGACAUGUUUCUUGUUAAGUUAGCUAAUUUGAUUGAUAAGCCUCCAGAUAGUCAAGAUGAUGUUGUUCAAGUGCAUUAUCCUGCUGAAACAUUAGAUGGAUCACAGUUUUUCAAUGCAACUGAUGUCAAUACACAUUUAACAAAUAGCAAUUUCAAUGUUGAUCUAAGUAAAUCUGCAUGUACUAUGAAUGAUAGUGAUGCUACAAUUGUUAACGAAGAUAUUGCUCUCAACAGUAGUAUGGAUAUCCAAUACAGUCAAAUUUUAUUGGAUAAUGAGGACUUAGAAUUAGUGGAUAUGUUACAAGAUUUAGAUGGACAUGUUGUGGAUGAAGAUAGUGUUAUGGGAACACCGGUUGUAGAAGAUAUAGAAGAAGAAAUAAGCAAUGAUGAAUAUUCACAAAUAUUAAAUGAAGAAAUAAUUCACCAAGAAUGUGAUAUGGACGAAAAAUCCCCAUCAUGGAACGAUUCGUUUUGGGAAGGCGCAAAUAUUCCGCAAUUAGAUGGUAAUUGUGAUGAUGAAUCCAUUAAAACAUAUCGUAAAAGGAAAAAGAGACCAUUAAAGUUAGGUUUGUCAAGACCAAAAAGCAAAAUAAAACCUAUAUAUGAUUGUAAAGAGCCUGAAACUGUACUAUCUCAAUUAAAUAAUAGUGAUGAAAUAAAUGAAUCUAGAGAAACAAUUGAUUGUAUAUCAAAUGCGCAUUUAAGAAUUAAAUCUGAAAUAGACCUAUCUAAAGAUGUACCUUUUGAUAUUUCCCAAAAGAGCCAAUCAUUGCUUAAAGAUGAUAAUAUUGUUAAUUUAGUAGAAAAAAUUGAUAAAUCAAGUAGUUUUUCAUUAAAUUAUGAACCCAAAGCAGGUCCAUCGUAUAUAUCUCCAGAAUUUUUAACAUUUGAUGAUGAACAAUCAUUUGCAUCUAAUGAAGACGAAAAGGCGAUUGAAAGUUUUUAUGAUCAGUCAAAUUUUUUUGACUUAUCAAUGGAAAAUUCUUUGAGGAUCGAGACAGAGCCUGCACAAUUAGUGGCCUGUAAUAAUAACACCAAUGUGGCAGAUGAAAGUACUAGUUCUGUACCUAACAAUAAAGUAUUAAGUCAUCAUAAUAAAAUAUGGACACCGAAAUAUCAAGCACCUAGCAAAGAUUAUGUUAUUUCUACACUUGAUAAGUACAAUAUACCGAAAACUAAAAAUCAAGAGCCAUAUUAUUCUAAUUACAAAGAUGUAGGAGAUAAAAUUGAAAUUGGUCAGAUGAUUCUUAAACUAAACAGUACACUGGCUCGAGAUCAGAAACCUUAUGAAAAAGUUUUAGAUACUACAAGUAUAGAAGAAUGGCGUCAAUUAUUAUUUUUGGAAAAUAAUGGCUUCAGUCAGGUAGAUACAUCAAAACCUGAUUCUCUAAAGCAAAUUCUGGCUGGUAAUAGAAGUUGUAUUCUGCAACCUUUACAGAAAGCUCCCACUACACUGGACGCUCUUAAGUGGUGUGAACUGAAUCCUAGAAAUCUCAAUAUAGAUGAUGAGAAUAUUGUUGAUAUAAAAGAAGUGAGUGCUAAACCAGAAGAUAUAGAAAAUUCACAAGCAAUUGGUUUAAUUGAUAGUGAAAUAGAUAGCAGUAUGAGUUUAGAUGAUAAGAGUAAUACAGAACCGGACAAAACACUUCAGAUUUCAAUGCAUACAGAUGGCUCGUUUCUCUGUUUUGGAAAGAAUCAAAGUGAAAAAGAUCUAUCUGUAACACCAAAUAGUCUAGAGGUAGACUUUUUGACGAUAAUGGUGGCUGAAGUCCAUACUUCGGUGCGUAGCGAUUUAAACCCAGAUCCUGCUUUAGAUGUGAUUGAAGCAGCUUUUGUAACAGUUGCAAAUAAUUGUCUAGACCAGAACAAUCGGCCGAAACACUUGACAAUCAUAAUAGUGGUUGAUAAUUUGAGUGCGCCCAAGUAUUUAGAUAGAUGUGUAUUCAAUAAAGUUGUGAUAUAUGUCAAAAAUGAAAAUGAAUUAAUAGAGAACAUAAUAAAUUUAGUUAAAGAACACGACCCUGAUAUUAUGUGUGGAUAUGAAAUUGAAAUGAACUCUUGGGGAUAUAUAUUAGAAAGAGCUCAGAUAAUUGGUGUUGAAGUAGUUAAGGAAAUAUCAAGAAUAACUGAGAAGCAUCGUCAGAAAAAGUGGAGACACGAUGAGAAUGAAAUGGAGGGUAGAAUAAUUGGGAGAAUCACUUUUAAUGUUUGGAGAUUGUUUCGGUACGAGUUAGCUUUGUCGAGUUACAGUUUCGAGAAUUGUAUGUAUGUUGUAUUAAAUGAACGAGUGCCGAAGUACAGUUACGCACAGUUGGCAAAUUGGUGGAAUGAUGAGUCGAGAUUGUUUCGAUGGAUCACGGUAGAAAACUACAUGACCAGGUUAUCAGGAACUGUCAGAAUGCUGGAAAAGCUUGAUAUUGUAAACCGCACUUCGGAAUUGGCUAGACUAUUUGGUCUGCAGUGGUGGGAAGUAUUAUCAAGAGGGUCCCAAUUUCGUGUUGAAUCUCUAAUGCUAAGAGCUGCGCGACCUUUGAACCUGGUUGCUCUAUCACCGACUGUCAAACAGAGGGCUGCUAUGAAAGCGCCAGAAUGUCUGCCACUCAUAUUUGAACCAGAGUCGCGAUUUUAUCAUGAUCCUGUUAUUGUGUUGGACUUUCAAAGUCUCUACCCUUCCAUGAUGAUCGCAUACAAUUACUGUUUCUCUACGUGUAUUGGGCGCGUGCAGAACAUUAGUUGUAACACACCAUAUGAGUUUGGAGCAUGGCGAUUGCGGAUCUCAGAAGCGAAACUAAAGGCCCUAGCUAAAAACGACCUUGUCAAUUGGUCACCGGUUGGCAUCGGUUUUGUGAAGCCCUCGGUACGUCGUGGGGUGCUACCGGCGUUGCUCCGCAGGAUCCUCGCGGCCAGACAAGCUGUGAAGAAGGGAAUGAAACUACAAACCGAUGAUGCUGUUAAAAAAGCAAUGCAUUCCAGACAAUUAGGUCUAAAGUUAAUAGCAAAUGUGACGUAUGGGUACACGGCUGCCAACUUCAGCGGUCGAAUGCCUUGUGUGGAAGUUGGCGAUAGUGUGGUCGCUAAGGGUAGAGAAACUCUUGAACGGGCAAUCAAACUUGUGAGAAACGGCAAGUGGAACGCUAAGGUGAUAUACGGUGACACGGACUCUAUGUUCGUGCUAGUACCCGGCGGCACGCGCGCGGAGGCUUUCAUCAUAGGACAGCAAAUAGCUGACGCGGUCACCGCUGACAACCCGUCUCCAGUUGUGUUGAAAUUGGAAAAGGUAUAUCAGCCGUGCAUAUUGCAGACAAAGAAGCGGUACGUUGGCUAUAUGUACGAAAGUCCAGAGCAAGCCAAACCGGUGUAUGAGGCUAAAGGUAUCGAAACAGUCCGUCGCGACGGAUGCCCCGCUGGCGUAAAGCUUCUUCAACGAUCGCUUUGUGAGCUUUUCGACUCGGGUGACAUGUCCCGAGUGAAGCGCAUUGCGUGCGGUUUGCUCACAAAGUUGAGUGAGGGUUCCUUGCCACCGCAUGAGUUAUUCUUCACGCGAGAGUACCACGGGGCUGCUGGGUACAGACCCACAGCCGCUGCACCACCUAAUGAAAUUGCCAAGCGGCUAUUGUCCCGCGACCGUCGUGCGGCCCCUCGCACGGGCGAGCGUGUGUCGUGGCUGGUGUGUGCCGGCCCGCCGGGCACGCCGCUGGUGCGUCUGGCGCGCUCGCCGCCCGAGCUGACGCGAGACGCGGCGCUCGGGCCGCACGUCACGUACUACGCCACGCGCGCGCUGCUGCCACCGCUGCACCGCUGUCUGUCGCUGCUCGGAGCGGAUGUCUUCAAGUGGUGGAACGAGGUGGGUUACACUCGCGAAGUCCACAUAGAGCGUAGCGCGGCAGCCGGCGGCGGCAUCGCCCGCUACAUGCAGCGCGGGCGCUGCGCAGUGUGCGGCGCGCGGGGGGCGAGGGCUCUGUGUGGGCCGUGCGCCGCUCGGGGGACUCACUCCGCAGCGCUCCUGGCGGCCAGGGCGGCGAAACAACAGACACACCUGCGCUACUGUUAUCAGAUUUGUGGAUCGUGCUGCAAUCACGGCGAUUUUUUGAAAUGUGAAAAUACGGAAUGCCCCAUUCUCUGGAAACAAAUACUAACGAGUCAAAAGUUAAAUCAACUUGGAGAUGUUAUCACAAAUCUACCGGAACAUUUUAAUGUCGAAGCUCGACCAUUUUGAGCUAAUAAUACAAAAGUUCACACUCAUAAUCAUAAUAUAUACUAAUUAAUAAUAUACCGUGGUCUUAUUCAUAAUGACUUAUCGGAGGUUUAAAACUUCGCUUAUAAAUGAUCCCAUACUAAAGCUUAAACAUGCAUUAUAUCUCGGAUAAACUUUAUGUGAUUAAUAGAAGACCCUUCAUUAAGCCAUCGGGCUUAAAAUAGGCUUUGCUAUCGAAAUAGCAAAAACAUGGCCAAGAUAAUAUUAUAUAUGUAAUAACAUAAUCGUGACAGCUGUGAUCUCGUCGAAAAAGUAGUGGCAUUGGUUAAAAUAGAGGCUGUCUACCACAAUUUUCGACGUUUUCAUAGCUGUUACAGUCUAUCAAGACGUUUAAAUGAUAUAGGACAUAAUUGAUAUUUUUUGCGUAAAUUUAACUUCCAUGCUUUGUUUAUAUUUGUGAUAAUUAUCUGUUUCACAUUUUCUUGAUAUUGUAAGUUGUUUAUUUUUCAGAAAUUGUAACAUUAUUUGCGAUAGAGCCAUAGAUAUUGGCUAUCGGAGGUUUGACAAACGUUUAUGAAAAAAAAAAAUAUCGACCUUUUGGUACGCUUCAAACACUUUUUAACUAAUAUUGGUUUAUACUUUCGUUAAUCGUUUUAUGAUAAGGCGGUUAUACAAUAUCAUGGUUUAAAGUGGGUUGGUAGAUUUAAUUGGUAAUAUUUAAUAAAUAUAUAUUAGGAUAACACCUAGUUUAAGAAAGAUAAUAAAGUAAUUUAAUAAUA